GGUGACGUAUUCACAAGUGGCAAGAUUACAACUAGUAAACAACCUUUGUAACUCAGUUCCAGGUAAUGCAAUGCUUUAAAAGUGGCGCAAAUGACACUCAAAAAUUGAGUUGUUUUGGUAUAAAAAUGAGAGAUGGGACCGAGUUUUUGGGAAUUUCUUAUGAAAAUAUAGAAUUUUAAUUUUUUUUUUGGGAGCUCACAAUGAGUGCACCGGCCGAAUCUCUACUCAGAUAUGAUCCUCCAGUUUUAGUUCCCAAAAGUGCAGAUAAAAAAUCAGCAAAGGGACGUCCUACAAAAGUCGUGAAGUCAAAACCUCAACAGCCUGCGGACUCUUUGCUACGUCCUCGUAAAUCCAUAACAGCCACGCUUGAAGAUAUCAAGCAGAAAAAUGAGGACAUUCUCAAUCUCAUGUUUCCACCCAGGAAAUGGGAGGAGACAAACAAAGAGUGGAUUCAGAGAGUGUGCCAUGAACCAUCCACUCGAGUGGAUGUGGUGAAUCUGGAGGAAGAAUUAGACAAGAAGCUACUGCAAACGCGUGCCAUGGAGACUGGAAUCUGCCCUCUGAGAAGGCAGUUAUACACUGAGUGCUUUGAUGAACUGAUCAGACAGGUGGUCCUCAUUUGUGUCGAGAGGGGCCUCCUGUUGCUGCGGGUAAGAGACGAGAUCCAAAUGACCAUUGCUGCUUAUCAAGCGUUCUAUGAGAGCAGUAUGGUUUUUGGCAUGAGGAAAGCCCUGCAUGAUGAACAGGACAAGGUGGCCCUGAAGGACAGAAUUUCAGAUUUGGAGAAUUUAGUAGAGGAGCUGAUGGAGCAACUGCAACAACAAAAAAAGAAAUAUGCGGAUGUCAAAAAAAUGGCAGGUGAAAAACAGAAAGCGCAGGAAAAGAAGCACACAGAGGAGAUUCAGACCCUGAGGAAAAACAACCAGCAGCUCAAGGUCCAACUGGAGGGGCUCCUCAUGGCAAAGAAGUAAUUUCACCUGCAUGGCUUGAAAUGUCUCACCGCUGAACGUCACAACAUUUGUUCUUUUUUUUCGACACCUGUUUUGAGGAUGUUCCGCUACUGAAGUCAGCUCUGAAGUUGAAAAGGUCAAAGUUGUAAACAUAAGAUGACCGCUGCUUGACUGAAUUCAACACAGCUGUCAAAUUUUACAGGUGUUGCAGUAUAGGAGAUUUGCAUUAUCAUGGACACCUCGAUAAUGUGGUUUCCCUUUUAAAGGUCCCAUACCCUCAAAACCCAAAUGUUCUACUGUUUUACCCAUAACAGGUCAAAAUGACCUUGUCAUGAUUUAAGUUGUACAUCGAUGUAAUUUGUCGUUUGCAUGCAAUAGACUUUAAAAGGAAAAGGCCUGCAAAAAACGAGCAGAAUUGAUUUUGGUGCCAUCUUGACGUCAAUUUGUCACUUACCAUUCAUGUUCCUGCCCACUUUGUGGUUGCAAGACACACCUGCUCAACUCAGGAAAAAUGGCCGUUGGUGAGAAAUCACUUGCAUCCGAACCUGAAUUUUGCUUUGUUGAGGCACAUUUCGUUGAGGAUGGCCUUCACACACAUUCCAAAUACAUUUACAGGAUUUAGGUGACGUAGCCAUUUAUACACAAUUGUCCAACUUAUUCUGAUGGCUCACUGGGGUGCUGCGUGGUCACACGGUGUCCCCGUGGAUGUAGACAUGAGGAAAGGAAAACUUUCUUGCCUCCAGGAGAACCCAGGCUAUUGGGCUGUGCACCGUGUGCAGAUGGCUUUACUUUACCAGUUUUAAGCUAGGGCACUUUGAUAUUGUACUCCGCACAGCAUGACGUGGAAAUGCUUGGAUACUGAAAAUGUCAAUCAGUCUGGCAGUUUAUCAUUACUGCCAGGUAACCUUCACUGUCCUCAAUGUCACCUAUACUGUAUAAAUAAAAUGCAUUUUAGUUAUUAAUACAAACGACCGAUUGUUGUUGCAAACUGGAAAUGUAUAAACCACCCAGACAACGAAUACAUGCGACAAAACAACAUUUUAAUAACAUAUCCAGGGAGCAUGAUGUACAAUUAAAAAACAAAAACACAAAACCAGUUCAAAAUAGUACUAAAAACAUAUCAUCAUCCACUCUAUUAUCACAGUUGUUAGAUGUUUUGGAACAUGAUCACAGAGUAAUGUAAACUUAGAAAACAUCAGACAUGAAAAAUCACAACCAAAAAAAUAAAUAAAACAUGACCUGCUGGCA